CCGCGCUUGUAUUCGCUUGUGAGAGGCGAGCAAGAAAACGGGAGUAGGAGCAGCAGAGACGCCCCUCACAGCAGCGUCUCAACAGUUAAAUGCUAAUUUACCAGCCACCCCUGUGAGUACGCGCACACACGCACAUGGUAAGCUCAGUCUUCAUAAGCAGGCUGCCGCCGCUGGCACCUCGUUGUUCCUUCCCACUGAUCCUCCCGCUGCAGCGCAGAGCGGCUCGGAGAACAUGGCACUGGCCGACACGGAGCGCGCCGCGUCCGGCUGCGGGGACUCGGGCUCCCCGUUCUCGGAGAUCGUCGAGCUGAACGUCGGCGGGCAGGUGUACGUGACCAGGCACAAAACUCUGAUCGCCGUGCCGGACUCGCUCCUGUGGAACAUGUUCAGCAAGAAGUCCCCCAAGGAGCUGGCGAGAGACAGCAAGGGACGCUUCUUCUUGGACAGGGACGGCUUCUUGUUCCGAUACAUCCUCGACUACCUGAGAGACCUGAACUUGGUCCUUCCGGACUACUUCCCGGAAAAGAGCCGCCUGCAGAGGGAGGCGGACUUUUUUCUGCUGCGGGACCUGGCUAAGCGCCUCAGCCCGCGGGUGAGCAAGGACAACUCGAUCAGCGAGGAGAUCGGCCAGAGCGACACUGAGGACGGCGCGCAGUGCUCAUCCUCCUCCGGGGAGCCGUUGCGCGCCCUGUCCGCCGGCGCGGCCGUGCGCUCACCGUCCCUGGACUCCAGAAAGUCCGGGUACAUCACCGUGGGAUACCGCGGCUCCUACACGAUCGGCAGGGACAUCCAGACCGACGCCAAGUUCCGGAGGGUGGCGCGCAUCACCGUGUGCGGCAAGACCUCUCUGGCCAAAGAGGUGUUCGGGGAGACGCUGAACGAGAGCAGGGACCCGGACAGGCCCCCGGAGAGGUACACCUCCCGCUACUACCUGAAGUAUAAUUUUCUGGAGCAGGCGUUUGACAAGCUGACAGAGGCGGGCUUUCACAUGGUGGCCUGCAGCUCCACGGGAACCUGCGCCUACACCAGCAACGAUCCAAACGAGGACAAGAUCUGGACAAGCUACACCGAAUAUGUCUUCUGUCGGGAAUAAGCUCAUUCGUGCCAUUUCGAUGUAAAAAAAAUGUACAUAGAAAAACAAAAUCUAGAAAAGACUGUCUUUUCAAAAGUUCUUGUUUUGAAUCGUAGGGAACGAGAGACAGAGAGAAAACUGACAACUCGACUCGGAAAUAGAUUCUAGACGCGGUUCAUUUUGUCGGUGAAACUGAAUUUCACCGAGAAAAUCAAACUGAAUUUGUUAAUUGAGCAUCACAUGAACAGCUGUGUCUUCAAAGUAUGGGAGAAGGGAUGUAGGGGGUGUUAUCCUUAAAAAUGUUCAUUUUCCUGUGUGGGUGUUUAAUUUCUCACCUGAAGUCUGAGUGACAUGAUUCCAGGCCUUAACUUAGAAAUGACAAAGGUACUCCUGAUUCUUCAAAAAUGAAAAGCACAAGUUGUUACAUCUAAACAGAAAUGAACAAAUCUCUUUAUUUUUUGUCUUUGUUCCGUAAAUUGGAGAUUAUGGUUUAGCGUUUAAGAGGGGUUCCUGAUAUUAUUAUUAUUAUUUUUUAAAAUCAUUCCACUCCAAGUAAGAGCAAAUCCCUCCAAACUCAAUAUAACACACAGGUAUUGACUUAUUUAGUGCAGAAAUUCAACGUUAAAUUACGUUAAACUUUCUCUGCUAUUUUUCAUAGAACUGCAUAUUUAUAUGAUUGACCAGAUAAAAAUGUUACCAUUUUAAUUUUUUAUAUAUAUAAAUAAUGCAGCGGUAUUUAAUGUUUUCUCUUUCAUGUUGAAUCGAAUCUUCUCAAAAAUGUAAAGAUUACAAAUGUCUGUGUGUUCAAUUAGAUGAGAUGCAUCUGAUGUUGUGAACAUGUUGAAUGAGUCAACGGAUAAUCAAGAUUCACCUUGGACUUGAGGCAAGUAACGAGACUUUGACUAACCCCAUAACAACUUGCCUUGGACUUAAACAUUAACGAGUUCAGACUUAUGGCAAAAGAUUUGAGACUUGGAUUUUUUUUUGUGGCCUUUGUUGACAGAAGAUGGGAAAGAGGCCAGAGAGAAACGGGUAGCCAUGCAGCCAGUGACCAGGUAUUGAACUCAGGACAGCUGUGACGUGGAUUGUUACGUGGAGAACCUCCUCUAGUCAUUAACCCUUGAGAAUUGACUUGGACUUGUCCCUCAAGACUAGAUAUUACGUUGAAAUUGCUCUUAAAAACAAGGGCUCUUGACGUAGACUUAGUCUUUAGUAGCAUAAGAUGUUAUUUGGACUUGCCCCUGUAGGAUUUUGUCUCGGUGCUCAGUAACCUGAGGCUUGACUCGGACCUGCUCCUUAAAGACUUGAUACUUGACCAGGACUUGGAAGAAAUGACAUGUCACCAUCUCUGCCAUCUUUUGAGAACUUUCAGGAGGCGCCCCGGUGUUUGUGCUACCUGGUACGGGACAAGCAACCGCCAUCAUCUUCUUUGCCAUAUAGUCCCAGCUGACUUAACGCUGAGCUGAUUGAUGUCCAGGAGCUGACAAGCGGAGAUUAAUAUUCAGUGUCAAUGUACAUUCAGGGCUAACUCGUUUGCCCAAGUUUUGUAGUGUCUUCUAGCAGUUUCUACCGCUGCUGUGACCAUAAAUGUAUACGUGGAAUGUUGGCUAUAUUUGUUACAGUGUUCAGACCUAAAUAAAGCCUUCUUCUCUUUUACUCCAA